AUGAAGUUUAGUAAAGCUACUGUUUUGGCAUUUGCUGCCUUAGCACUCGCUGCCCCAGCAGCUAAGAGAGACGACGGAACCGACUGUUCCUCUACUUCUUUCCACGGUCACCACAAACACAAGAGAGCCGUCGUUUACGACUACGCCUAUGUCACUGUCACUGUCGACAGUAACGGAAAACCAAUCAAUGUUCCAACUUCUACCCUCGUUGCAUCUGUUGUUCCACCUUCAGCUGAUGCUAUUCAACCGGAAUCAAGCGCUCCAGCUCCUUCCUCGUCUGCUGUCGCUUCUUCCUCGGCUGCUCCAGCUCCAGAAUCGUCUUCUGCCCCAGCUCCUCAACAUUCUUCUGCCCCAGCUCCAGUGAAUAGCGGCAUCCAAGGUGACUUAUCCCCUUACCAAAGCCCUAGUGAAGAAUUCCCAGAUGGUGUUUACUCCUGUGACACAUUCCCAGCUGGUCAAGGUGUUAUUGCCUUAGAUCAAUUAGGUUUCGGCGGUUGGUCCGGUAUUUACCAUUCAGAUACUUCUACUGGUGGUUCUUGUACUGAAGGUGCUUACUGUUCCUACGCUUGUCAAAGUGGUAUGUCCAAGACCCAAUGGCCAGAUUCUCAACCUGCCAACGGUGUUUCUGUUGGUGGUUUAUUAUGUAAGGGUGGUAAGUUAUACAAGUCCAACUCUCGUUCCAAUUACUUGUGUGAAUGGGGUGUUGACAAGGCUAGUGUUGUCAGUAAUUUAGAUCAAACCGUUGCUAUUUGUCGUACCGAUUACCCAGGUACUGAAAAUAUGGUUAUUCCAACUGUUGUGGGUGGAGGUCAAUCCUCUCCAAUUACUGUUGUUGACCAAUCUUCUUACUACAGAUGGCAAGGUGGUUUAACUUCUGCUCAAUACUACGUUAACAACGCUGGUGUUGAUUGGCAAGAAGGUUGUGCUUGGGGUUCUUCCGGUUCCGGAUUAGGUAACUGGGCCCCAUUGAACUUUGGUGCUGGUUACGAUAAUGGUAUUGCUUACUUAUCUUUGAUUCCAAACCCAAAUAACCGUGAUUCAUUGAAUUUCAAUGUUAAAAUUGUUGCUGAAGAAGGUUCUACUGUUAGUGGACAAUGUGUUUACGAAAAUGGUCAAUAUAACGGAAAUGGUGCUGAUGGAUGUACUGUCGGUGUCACUUCCGGUAAGGCUGAUUUCGUUUUGUAUUAG